AACCAACCAAUCCCAAUUGUAUUUCAGACCUCAUCCAAAAACCUUCAAUUUUUUUUCUUUGUCUCUUCUUCUGCAACACAAAAAUGGCGACUGCUUCAUUAGCCAAACUUCCCUUAACUCCAUCAUCAUCAUCCUCCUCCCAAUCAUCAUCAUCAUCAUCAACCUCCAUCAAAUCCAACCACGCACAAAAAAUCUCCUACUUUUCCCUUCACAGAUCUUCUGUAAAGAACCCUACAUUGUUACAGCAAUCAAAUACCCAGAAACAAGAACAGCAAGGAAAGGUAAUUAUAAGAAGAGAUUUAUUGUUGGGAAUUUCUGUUCUUCCAUUUGUUCUAGAAGUUUCUCCUUCAGAAAGUAAGGAAGUUGAAGUGGGUUCUUAUUUACCACCUUCAUCUACUGAUCCAUCUUUUGUUUUCUUCAAAGCUUCUACCAAAGAUACCCCUGCUCUUCGUGCUGGUAAUGUGGCACCUUACCAGUUUAUAUUACCACCAACAUGGAAGCAGUUGAGAAUAGCCAACAUACUGUCUGGGAAUUACUGUCAACCAAAGUGUGCUGAACCAUGGGUUGAGGUCAAAUUCGAAGACGAGAAACAAGGGAAGAUUCAAGUCAUAGCUUCCCCGCUUAUCCGCCUCACCAACAAGCCUAAUGCAACCAUCGAAGAAAUUGGCAGUCCGGAGAAAUUGAUUGCUUCCCUUGGUCCUUUUGUUACCGGAAACUCUUAUGAUCCUGAUGAAUUGCUCGAGAAUUCUAUCGAGAAAGUUGGUGAUCAGACGUACUACAGAUAUGUGUUGGAGACACCAUAUGCCCUAACAGGAACGCACAAUCUUGCUAAGGCAACAGCGAAGGGGAGCACAGUCAUUUUGUUUGUCGCCAGUGCAAAUGAUAAACAAUGGCAGACGUCACAGAAAACUCUGCAAACCAUAGUAGAUUCUUUCCAAGUUUAGUUAGUUCCUCUGUCAUGUUAUGUUAGUAUAUGUCCAUUCUCUAUGGAGUAUAAGAUUUCUUAUUUUUAGUUUUAAAUGUAAUACAUCUAUCCGACUUUGUAUGUUAAAGUCACACAUUGAGAUAAUAGAAUAUCAUUGUAUGUUCUCUCAA